AAAUAUUAACUAUUUCAUACGAAAACAUUUAAAGUAGCUUUAGUCGAAGAACAGCAAUGGCGCACUCCACAGACUUUUAUCUUCGUUAUUAUGUUGGCCACAAAGGCAAAUUUGGACACGAGUUUCUUGAAUUUGAAUUUAGACCCGAUGGUAAAUUACGGUAUGCUAACAAUUCAAACUACAAAAAUGAUACUAUGAUCAGAAAAGAGGCCUUUGUUCAUAAAUCAGUAAUGGAAGAAUUAAAGAGAAUUAUUGAAGACUCAGAAGUAAUGCAAGAAGAUGAUACAUUAUGGCCAUCACCUGAUAGAGUUGGUAGACAGGAAUUAGAAGUUGUGAUUGGUGAUGAACAUAUUUCUUUUACUACGUCUAAAAUUGGUUCAUUAGUUGAUGUUAAUCAGAGCAAAGAUCCAGAGGGUUUAAGAACAUUUUACUACUUAGUGCAAGAUUUGAAAUGUUUAGUGUUCUCACUUAUUGGCUUACACUUUAAAAUUAAACCAAUUUAAGAACUGUCUUAUAAAUUUUGGGGUUUACAUUACAUAAAUUAAUAAAUCAUCAACCGUAAUUCAUAUUUGUUUGUAAAUAGAUGUUUAUUUUUUAAGCCUGUUAUUUUGUCAAGUUUUUCUAAAUAGUAAUCAUUUACUUGAAGAAAUUAAGAUAUCCAUUAAAAAUUAGAUUUUAUGUAUUUUAGUUUCAUGUAACUCAUAUUAUAUUUUAUCACUCUUGAUGAGGUUUGUGUGUUGAAUUUUGAAAUGACGAUCAAUCUUUGAAAUGAUACAAUGGUCAACCUUUUGAAAUGAUACAGUCAAGGUCAAAACCUUUUGAAAUGAUACAAUCACAGUCAAUCUAUAUCAUUUUGUAAAUCAUAGCUAUUUAUCAGUUGACUUCUGUUAUAAUUUCAUUCAUAAAUCAUGUGUACAUUUUGAAAAAUGAAUAAUAAAACUUAUAUCAUUUAAAAAUGGUUUUGUGUUCAGGAUGUAUGCAUUAAUUUUAAAAGUUGGCAUAAUAUGUAUGCCAGAACAUUUUUUAUAUGUGCUGCUCAAUAAAGAACAUUUUCUGUUUAGGUUAAACAUACAUUAUGCAAGAGCUAAAUCUGCCUAUUGCAGGUCUUUCUUUAGGCCUGAAAUAUUAUAUAAACUAUUAAUUAGACAUUUAUUAACAUGAAAAGACUUUCGAUGCUAUAUUAUGUGUCAGAUUGUCACUGGAUUUGAAUCCGUUCUGCUGCUCAACACGCAUUGAUGAUUAAAUAAAAAAAUGGAUAAUAGCAAUUUGACAGAAAUUUUCAGCUUAUUCCCUUUACAUUGUCUAGUUUUUAUCCGCCCAAAUUGAAAUGUAGUCGUAUAUUGUUGUCGCCCCUGUCCGGCUGGCGUCCACAAUUGCUUGUGGAUGCUCAAGAGGCUAAAAUAAAUAUCCGAUUGACUUUGAAUUUAUACAAAGUGUUUAAGGUUGUGAGGUGAAGAAGUCCGGUGAUUUUCAAUGAUUUCCAAUAAUUACUACCAGAGUUAUGGCCCUUGAUCACUUUAAAAAAUCUUGUGGCUGCUAAGUGGGGGACAUCAGUAUUGGCUUACUUACUUUAUGGUUAAAGAUACAUUAUGUAAGAUUUAGAUAAAGAACUAGCCAUUCUUGCUAUAAUAGUUCGAAAGUAGAUGAUAUAAAAUGAAUAAUUUGAAAAUUUCAUUCAAAUUACUCUAUUGCAAGCGAAGAUAUUAGCCUUUGAGGGUUUGAUAGACGUGUGCAAUAAUUUCAACCACCGUACUGGUUGAUCGAAGCUAAGUCUCGGUCCUCCAUAUUUGAUUAAAUCAAAGUAUCGCUGAACCAUUCUAAUCUAUUUAAUAUUUGAGAAAUCUGAUGCCAUCGAGAGUUGAUUAAGGCCUGGAUCAGUUAAUUAAUGUUUAAUUAAUACUUUAGAAAACAUUUCAGGCCCAAAGAAAGACCUGCAAUAGGCAGAUUUGGCUCUUGCAUAAUGCAUGUUUAAUCAUGCAACAGUUUAUAUGGUUAAAUGACUUAGCUGCUAUGGGCGUAUGUUUCAUAUAACAGGUUAAUAACAGGUUGAUAUUAAUUGGGAGUGAAGGAGAACUGCAUAAAGUAUGUGAAAAACAAAUAUUUACUUUGCACUGCCAUCUUUAAUUUAAACAAUACAUGUAUUCCAUUCACUUGUACAUGGCAAUAUUACGAAAUAAAAAAGUGUAGGUCGGCACAUCUUCCUUAA